CCCCGCGCGCGAGAGACAAAACAAAACAAAAAAAAACGCAGCGACGCGUUGUUUGUCUGUCCCUUCCCAUCGCUGUCACCCUGAACAAGUGUCCUCUCAACUGUCCCGCAGAGUGAGCACGGUUCCCCCUCCACCUCGCUCUUCACUUGGUUCAACACUUCAUGAAGCGGCAGCGGGAACACAUGGCCACAUGUGACUGAGACUCGUCACCUGUCCCGCGUAACGCGCACGCAGACUCUAACCCGCCUGACCCGACCGACGCUGAGGAGGAAUACGAAGUUUGGCCGUAGUGAUGCUGCAUGUGGAAAUGGUCCUCUUCAUCUGCCUGGUGCUGCUGAUGUGCGUGUUCAGCCAGGAGCCCGGAUCCAAAGUGGUGGCCGACCGCUACGCCGUCUUCUGGAACCGAACCAACGCCAAGUUCCAUCGUGGCGACUACCAUAUUGACGUGUGCAUAAAUGACUACCUGGAUGUCUACUGCCCUCAUUAUGAAGACUCCGUGCCUGAGGAGCGGACAGAGCGCUAUGUCCUCUACAUGGUCAACUACGAUGGCUACAGCACAUGCGACCACACCGCCAAGGGCUUUAAGCGCUGGGAGUGCAACAGACCGCACUCCCCAAACGGACCGCUGAAGUUUUCAGAGAAGUUUCAGCUCUUCACUCCCUUCUCCUUGGGCUUUGAAUUCAGACCAGGCAGAGAGUACUACUACAUCUCGUCCACCAUUGCUCAAAAUGGGAAGAAAACGUGCCUGAAGCUAAAAGUUUUCGUCCGACCAUCAAACGGCUGUGUGAAAACUAUAGGCGUUCAUGACCGUGUCUUUGACGUAGACAACAAAGUAGACAAUUCAGAAGAAUUACGAGAUGGAAUUAGUCACGAAACAGCUGCUCCUUCUCGAAGUGAAACAAAUGCUGCACCACACCUUCAGAAGACAAGUCCUCUGGUUGCUUUGUUGCUGGUUACCUUAGUGGCAAUAUUCACCUUAUAG